AUGUCGAUCGUCUGUGUGCUCGGUGCAACGGGUGCCCAAGGAGGGUCUGUGUGCAAUGCCCUUAAACAGAACCCCAACUUCAAAGUCCGGGCAAUUACUCGUAAUGCAACGACUGCUUCGGCAAAGCGUCUUUCUGAUGAGGGAUUUGAGGUGGUUGCCGCAGACACGGACGAUGAAGGGUCCCUCAUCAAAGCUUUCGACAAUGCAUCUGCCAUCUUUGCCUUGACCAAUUACGACUGGGAAACGGCCGUGAAGACUGGUCGUGAUGCUGCAGGCGAGCAGGAGAGACAGCAAUCGAUCAAUAUUGCUAAAGCAGCAGCCAAGAUACCAACCUUGAAGCACUACGUACUGAGCUCGUUACCACCUGCAGGUCUUGCAUCCAAAGGCCAGCUGAAAGUGCCCCAUUUCGAUUACAAGCAAGAGGCAUACCGAUGGAUCGUGAUCAAUCUGCCGGAACUCGCCGCCAAGACAACUGAGCUCUGGCUGGGGUAUUAUGCCUCUAAUCUUGGGGCCCAUCCCAUGACCAAGUUGCUACCGAUACCCAUGUCGGGUUCUUACGUCUGGCUGCAGCCCAGUAAGCCAGACGCACUUCUCCCCAUUGCCGGCGAUUUGUCGCGGAACGCCGGCGUCGUGGUGGAGGGAAUUCUUGAAGCGGGGGAGAAGGCUUUUGGAAAGGUAGCUGUUGUUGUGACAGACUACGUCAAGAUGACCGACUUGGUCAAGAUUUGGGGAGAGGUCACGGGCAAGAAUGGUAUAUUCGUUGAGGUCACAGACGAUGCCAUGCAGCAGCUCUGGGGCAACCUUGGUGCGGAGUUUGGAUCGCAGCUCCGCUGGAGUGAGCAUUAUCCGAGCUGGCAUGAUCUCGUCCCAUCGGACAAGCUCCUUUCUUUGGGGGAACUGGGCGUGGAGAACAAGGUGUCGAACUUCCGGCAGGGACUCGAGGCUAUCAAAGGGACUUUAGCCUAG